AUGUCUAAAUACAAGAUUGGUGUAGAAAUACCAAAGGUGUCAAGAUACCCAAGCACAGAUGCUCUUCGUCAGGCCAUCGACCCCUCACGGCAACUAAUCCUACCCAACCUUCCAAAAGAGUACCUCGACCGUGUCCUUCCACUCCUUAAAUUCACCUCUACGGACCCAUGCACGGGUCUCGCACUCCGUUUCACGCAACAGCCCUCGCGCGCACUACUUAUCACCCAUUUCCCCAACCGACCAUGGGACUGGGGCGAAAGCCUAGAAGAAGGGGUUGUUCAACGCGGAGAUGACACACGAUCGGAUUACGCAACCCGACCACGACGGGCCAAACAGACUUUGGAACAGCACCGAGAUGAGUGGCAUAUGAAGACUGUGAUUGGGAGCGAAACGGUGUUUCAGCGAGAAUGGGUCGACUCGAGGGUUCUUGAUGUUUCGAAGCGGGAGGAAGGAGAGUCGAGCGAUGAGGAGAUGGUGGAUCGUGCUGAAGAGGAAGAUGAUGAGGUGCCUUCUGGGGGGCAGCAGGGGUCCGGAGUGUAUGGGAAGAAGCGAAAGGCUUCGAUGUCUUCUAUAGAUGAAGGGAUGAUAAGUGAUGAUGAUGUGCAGAUUAUCGAAGGGCCGGACCAGGGUGGUCGUUAG